GCUGGCUCCGCAAAAGUGCUUCUGGCCUUUCGCCCUUCAAACAUGGACAGUUUUAUCUGGAAAGGAGUUUGACACAUGGACACGACACUAUCUGUACUUUCGCAAUGUCCGAUUUCUGAGAGUUCAUGUUGUCUGACCAGAAGAAACUGAGGUUUAGGGAUAUAUUCUCUCUGUAAUCGUUACAUAUUGCGGGAUAAACUUGUAAUGGUAAUUUCCGAUUGAGCCGACAUGCAGCGUUUACCGUGAAUACUGUCUCCGCUAAAGCGGGAACAUUACCUUGAAUUUUCAAUCACGCUGUAAAACUGAAUUUUCGCGAUACAGAUUAAAUAGAGUAGGUUGGGAGUGUGUGUGUGUGUGUGUCUGUGUGAGAGAGACUGGAGGUGGUCCAUUUAGUUGAUCCCUGGGGUGGAAUUAGGCUAUUAUGACAAAUUCAUGUAGGUCCCUCCCCGUUACGUCGUUUGCAACGUUUCUGCAACAGAUCUGGUGAUGUAUUCGCUUCUGUUAUUUUAUUAAAACACAGAAGGUGGUCUGAUCUAUUUGAGUUAUGUAAAUCAACAGCUGCUCAUAACGGCAGUCCAGACUCAGGCCAGCGGAGAGGUAGUCUGGAGAGCUUGUACGGGAACAGAGACAACUUGUAUAACGUUUUUUUUCUGCGUUUCAAAUGAGUGUUAAUUGAUGUCUGAAAGGGAGCAGCUUUAUAAUCUAGUCUACUGAUACGGUGUGAUUGGAUUUACCAACACAGAGAGAUGACUCGUAUUAAAGAAGCGUAAAGAUGCCAUCGUGGAUCAGGCUGGCGGUUCUCCUGUCUGCGCUGACAGUCCACUGCUUUCUGGACGGGACCUGUCCACGGAGAGACCCCCCUCCCAGGGUGCUGGUGGUGUCCCCAGGCAGCGUUCUGGUCUUGGCCUGUAGUGGUCAGGUGGAGGUGAACGGGCUGGAGGUGAUGGUUAACAGGGCCAAACACACCAGCACCACCGCUGGAAAUGGAAAAUACACCAGUGUCAUUACCGUAGUACACCCCACCACUGUCAGCACCACAACAGACACCACAUCUAACGGAACCACUGUCAGCACCACAACAGACACCACAUCUAACGGAACCACUGUCAGCACCACAACAGACACCACAUCUAACGGAACCACUGUCAGCACCACAACAGACACCACAUCUAACGGAACCACUGUCAGCACCACAACAGACACCACAUCUAACGGAAUCACUGUCAGCACCACAACAGACACCACAUCUAACGGAACCACUGUCAGCACCACAACAGACACCACAUCUAACGGAAUCACUGUCAGCACCACAACAGACACCACAUCUAACGGAACCACUGUCAGCACCACAACAGACACCACAUCUAACGGAACCACUGUCAGCACCACAACAGACACCACAUCUAACGGAAUCACUGUCAGCACCACAACAGACACCACAUCUAACGGAACCACUGUCAACACCACAACAGACACCACAUCUAAUGGAACUACAGUCAGUGCUAUAAAAGACGGUAGUGAUAAUGGAAUAGACACAUUUUCUACUGGAAAGGACACUAUUGUCCUUACUGUAACAGACACUCCUGUCACAGAUGAUACUGGGACAGACAGUAAGAAGAAACCUGUCAUCAGGAACACUGGUGAAGGAAACCACACUCUUACUGUGAGAGAAGUUAACAAAGGGAAUGUGGAAGAUGUAACAGAGGAGGAGCACAAAGGAGGAGGAGAGCAGAGGGAUACAGGGCGGAGUCUUUACACUGUCAAUCAACCAGGACAUACAGAUACACAGGAACUAUUUCCUCUUACUGGGACAUCGCUCCAACCAACCAGAGACAGCGGAGUGGGAGGGGCUGACACUGAGCUGCCCUCUAAUCGGGGGACUGAUGCGAUGGACAGUGAGGAUGACUAUGAGGAAGAGGAGGAGGGAGGGAGGAUGGUGAGGGGGCUGAGAGGAAGGUCUCAGUGGAGACUGAACGGGAGGCCGCUGAGAGGAGGAGAGGAAAGAGGAGGAGUAGUGGUGUUAGGGAGGAGAGGCGCCACUCUGACCCUGCCCUCCCUGGCGGUGGGUGACUCUGGGAACUACAGCUGCCACCGCGGAGGCAAACUGGUCUCCUCUCUGAGGGUGAGCGUGGCAGUUCCCCCAGAGAGGCCUAAGCUGUCCUGCUAUAAGAGGUCACCCAGCAGUAAGAUCCGCUGUGAUUGGACAGCCAGUCAACCAGUGACUCCUGUCCCUCAGUGCUACCUCCUCCUACGGAAAGGUCUAUCAGGGUCAUUCUCUCGUGUCAACUGUUCCUACUCCGCCCUGCUCUCUCGGUGUUGGUGUGCUAUAGGUCAUCAAGAGAAGGAGUGUAGAGAGCCACACCUGGCCUACCUGUGUGUCACCAACACUGCUGGCAACACUACCAGCCCUCUCCUAGACUUCACACCUCUGGACAUUAUUAAUCCAGACCCCCCCAGCUCAGUGGUGGUGAGGGGUGUGGAGGGACAGGAGAGGAGACUGAGGGUGGGCUGGGCUGUUCCUCACUCCUGGAAAGAGAGAGACCGCUAUCACGAGCUGCUUUAUGAGCUCAGAUACCACACCAUGCCACACGGAACACAGAUAAAAGGGACCACCACAGCCCGGUUCUACACUAUAACAGAUGCGUUGCCAGGAGUACAGUACCUGAUCCAACUCAGAGCUAAGGAAGAGUUUGAUGGCCACUGGAGCGAAUGGAGCACGGCUUUCUACGCCAACACCUGGACAGCCCCUGUGCCAACUGCGUUCAGCGAUCUUUCUACUGUUAUGCAGGACUACACAGACGACACAGAUUCUGGCUCUGGAAUGACAGAAGAGACAUCAGUCUCUGAGUCUAGGGGUGGUGUAGAGGUGUGGCCUCAUGUCCUGUGGGUGGUUGUUUCCUGUGUGCUGCUGUCAAUCACUCUGUUGUCCACCUACCUCUACAGACACAGGGAGAGGUUCAUGUCUAAACUGUGGAGGUUGAGUCUCGUCUCCUCCUCUCCUGCUUGCCCCUCCCCCCCAGUCACAGCCCUGCCUACCCAGGAAGGACAUGCCCUCGUGAACUUUGACCACCCUAUCUACAGGGAACCCGUCCCACAGGAAGAAGAGUGGAAGGAGGAGGAUGAAGAGGAGGAAGAAGAGGAGAAGGGGGAAGUUAUUCGCUUUGACAACACAAGCUAUUUUCUGGUCCAGAGCAAAUGAUAUGCCUGCUGUUAAAACAAACCCCUUACCCUCUAUCCCAGGCCCUUACCGCUAGCCCCCUGUUCCCCUAGUCCAGGCUGGAGAAGCCCUGUUAUUUCACUGUUUGGAUGUGUGCAGUAUUUUGUUCUCAUUGGGGAAAAUGAGCCAGUAGAGUAAUGAUGUAAAUAUUAAUGUGUGUGUCUAUAAAAAAAGUAUUGGGUUUUUGUAAAUCAUUUAGUCAGAAGUAAAUAAAUAGUUUUGAAUACAAA